UUGCACAUGGCUUGGAAACUAUGCCCCCGGAGAAGGACCAAGAGGAACAAGGGCAAGUGGAUGAACUCCUUGCCCAAGGUUCAAGUGUGCGGAAUCCGGAUUUGAGGGCAAAUCCUUUCCAAGAAGGGGAGAAUGAUAUGACCAUGAGUGCUAGACAUCAAGUGUCUUCACCUCGACGUGAGCCAUGGAUUGAUUGGGGUCCAAGGAAGAGAGUGAAGACGUGCCAAGGAUUCAAUAAAGCUAGAGGGUCUCCCGAGGAUGCGAGGAAUAGAGAAGGCUUGGAUUUGAGGACAAAUCCUUUCCAAGAAGGGGAGGAUGAUACGAUCAUGGAAGCCGUGCGUCAAGGAUUUCAACUACAGCUGGAUUCAACCAGAAACCGUCCUAUCGAGAUGAUAUCCGAAAGCUAUGAAACUACCACCAUCGUCUUCGUCUUGGAAACAGCUUCGCGUGGGUAUCUUGCACAUCUCAAUCGGAGUCCGAAUGAGGGAGUUAUGGCGGUUUUACAGAAGUCGCGCAGAACUGGCGAGGGAGUCCAGAGAGAACACCCGGGCGGGUGUUUUGCACCCUGCAAUUCACCCGACCGGGUGAAUCACCCGAGACUUAGUUUUUGAGGGCCUUUUUCCACAUUUUGGGCCCUUAGUAUAAAUACCUUUUGGUGUCAUUUUUCAUUCUAGAUUAAGAUUGUGAUUGAAGUUAUCUCCCUAGUGAGUUUUUCCUCUUUGAGGAAUGUAUCCAA